CAUCUCGUUGCGCACGCGACAGUCUUGGCACGGCGGUAUGGCUACCCUUCCCGCGCCGUGCAGCAGGCACCACCACCGGCUCGCUCGCCCCGCCGGCAGCCACGCCAGGGCGUCAACGUUUCAGGUGUCAUCUACCAGGGGGAGGGAGGCCGCGGUGGCGCGCUUGCCGCGGCUGGCGCACCGGGAGGUGAUGCUGGCGCUCGCGCGCGUGGCGGAGGUGCGCCUGGGCUCGCGGCUGCUGCCGUCGGAGGUGCCGGCUGACGUCGCCGAGUUCGGCGACGCCGCGGGGGGCGCGCUCGGCUCUGUCGACGUGCGCCGGGGCGCGCCUCGGUCUUCGAUCGACUUCAUGUUAGAGACCUGGUUCCACCGCGCGAUCCCGUCCGGCGGCGCCAUCGACAUCACAUCCCUCAUCGUCUUCCUCAACGGCGCCACCGACGCGCCGCACUUCCUCAUGGAGCUCAUCCAGGGCGGCCCGUCCUCCCUCGUCGUCCUCCUCGACCUCUUCCCGCGCAGGGACCUCCCGCUCCACCCGGACUACAUCGACAAAUACUACAGCGCCACCGGCGUCGACACGCAUCGCGUGAACAUCGAGCGUGUCCCUCAGGUACGGCCCUACGUCUCGCCGUCGUUGCUGGUGCGGAGCCUAUGGUCGCCGACGGCGGUCGUCGUCGACAUACAGUGCGGGGAAGGAGGGGAAGCGGCGCUGGAGGAGAUUGUGCGCGGCCAGCUCGCGAGCUCCGCCAUGGCAGUGCUUGAUGUCUGGCUCGAGCAGUGUGCUGGGAGCGUCGUGGAGAUCGAGGAGGCGGAUAGGUUGAGCUUGGUGGCCAGGGACAAGAUGAUCUCAACCACAUCGGUGAAGCUUAACCUGUCUGCCAACCUUCCCAAGAUGUUUGAGGCUGAAGUCUGCAGUAGGGUCGUGGAUGAAAUCAACAAGGCCUUUCUCGGGUCAUAGAAGGAUAGUAGAGUAUAUACUUCCUCUGUUACUGAACUCACGCAGUUUUUGACUUUUCAUAGUCUCGAAUGCAAGAAUUUUAACCA